UGGCUUUAUAAAAACGCUUUAUGGGUUACUCACCAACUUGAGGCGGACCAUCACGGUCUACUGUCAAAAGAAAUAAAAAAAAAAAUCACGAACCCAAGAUUCUUCUCCUGGGUGAAGAAGAAGUCGGUUAAACAGAAACGCAAAACAAAAAAUAACAUAGUGGAUUAAAAAUGGAAGUAGGUUCAAAGAAUGGUGUAGAUAUAAGAAAGGUUUUAACGACUGCAACUGAAGAUGAAAACGCCUUCGUAAAGGAAGAUGGGACGAAGAUCGGAGUAGACCUGGAUAAGAUACUGGUGGAAGAGAUUGGACAGUUCGGGUGGUUCCAGGUCAGAACCAUUGUGCUGGCGGCGCUGGUCGUCAUAUUUAGUGGGAUAGCGUCCAGUGAAUAUGUGUUCACUACUGGGAGGAUUAAUACCAGAUGCCUGAUUCCCGAAUGCGAGUCCACCGAGCAGCCGGCCGAAUUCUCUCCCUCCUGGAUCCUGAACGCCGUCCCAGCGUCCGGCAGUUCUUUUGACGGUUGUCAACGUUUUGCCAACGCUUCCGCCGCCAGUAACAGUGCCACCUGCCCUGCCAGUCUGUUCGACAGGAACACGCUCGUCGAUUGUGAGGCGUAUGUGUAUGAGAAAACGGAUACUGUUGUGUAUGAUUUUGGACUGGCGUGUGAGGAGUGGCAGAGAGCUUUCAUCGGCUCCGCCCACACAUUCGGCACACUUACAGCUCUGCCAAUAACAGGUUUCAUAUCAGACCGAUGGGGCCGGCGCACAUCUUUAGCCCUGAACGCAAUCAGCCGCGCUAUCCUGGGACUAGUCCGGUCCUGGGUCAACUCCUAUAUUCCCUUCACCCUUCUGCAGUUCCUUGAAGCCACCUUGGGGUCUGGAGUGUUCUCCUGUGCCUAUAUUCUUGUGAUGGAGCUGCUGGGCCCCCGACUGCGCGUAGCAGGUGGCGCCGCCAUGAACACCUUCUUCUGCAUCGGCAACAUCUGCUGCGGGCUGCUCGCCUGGGCCGUCCACGACUGGCGCCGCCUCACGCAAGUCAUCUACAGCCCUAUGUUCAUCACGCUCUUCUACUUCUGGAUUAUCCCCGAGUCCGUUCGCUGGUACAUGAGCAAAGGACGCUACGAAGAAUCCGAAGCUGUUCUUAAAACGGCCGCGAGGGUAAACGGAGGGCGCCUAUCCGACAAGUCUUUACAAGCUUUGAGAGAAUCUGCUGAAGAAGAGAAGAGAAAAAAAGCUACAGAAGAACUCGAAAAAGCUAAUGAGCCGUGGUUGAUAGUUCAAGUGUUCAGACAUAAGCAGAUCUUGAUCCGCUGCAUAGUCUCGCCUGUGUGGUGGGUGACGAACACAUUUAUAUACUACGGUUUAUCGAUUAACGCAGUGAACAUGUCAGGGAACCGGUACGUGAACUAUAUUGCUGUGGCGGCUGUGGAGAUACCUGGGUAUUGGACGUCAAUGUUCCUGAUGGGGAAGAUUGGGAGAAAGCCGGUGCUGAUUCUGGCGUUCUGGGUGUGUGCUGCUUGCCAGGCGGCUUAUGUCUUCAUGCCCGAUGAUUACUACGGCCUAUCCCUCACAGUGUACCUGAUCGGCAAGUACGCCAUCGCCAUGGUAAUGACAGCGAUAUACGUGUACACAGCCGAGCUGUACCCCACCAAGUACCGCCACAGUCUGUUCGCUUUCUCCUCUAUGAUCGGGAGGAUCGGGUCCAUCUUGGCUCCUCUCACGCCAGCUAUGGCUGACUCAACAUUUGAUAAGUUCCCUUUCGUGCUGUUCGGCUGCUUUGCACUUGUAUCUGGGGCACUGGUCUUCGUCACUCCGGAGACGCUCGGCACCACGCUACCUGACACCAUGGAUGAAGCUGAUAACAUAGGAAAGAAGGAAUCUGCAUAGGAUCCGACUAAUCUAAGUGCGCAGAGGGCUGUGCCAAAAUUGAGCUCAUGAUAAUUCAAAAUUAACCAUGGAUAGUUAAGAUUUCCAGUGAUCUUAUAGUUUAAAAUAUUUUUGUAGUUAAAUAUGUAUUGAGUAAAGACUGUGGUAAAGUAAUUAGGUAUUUUAGUACCUACAGUUAUUUAUUAAAAAUAUUUUUAUAUGAAUAAAAAAAAAAAUACGUUCCAUGACUUUUUCUUCAAAAC